AUGUACCAUCACGGUCAAUCUCCUCUCAAGGGUUCGUACAUAUCUCUCGAUACGUUGGAUAGGCAAGAAGAAAUGAGGGGGCAUACCUACGAAGAUACACCUGGUGAGGCGUCAAUCAGCCCCCUAUCGCCAUUGAUUCGCCACGUCGGAUCUCGACUGGAGUUUUCAGAGAGAUCUUCCUCUGAAUACGCUGCAAGAGAAACCCCAGGUCACCCCGACAGUGAUUGUCAAAAUGGAAAUCAGUCCAAAACCGGGUCACGAAGGCGGAUGCCAACAGGUUGGAGGCUUGGCACGAUGCUGGCAGCCGCCUUGACAUUUGUCAUCUUCCUGAUAAACACGAUUCUUGCUGUGGUGUUCACUUCAAGCGUUCGCCAGAGCGGAUAUUCCGGCAGCAUCGCACCUGUUCGCACUGGCGAUUGCGGAGCCAUCAAGUCGCUUGCAACCGGCACCCACAUUCUCAUCAAUAUCGUCAGCACGUUGCUCCUUGGUGCAAGCAACUAUUGCAUGCAGACCGUCAGCGCCCCAACGCGACAAAAUGUCGACAAGGCUCACGCCCGGGGCAAAUGGCUGGACAUUGGAAUCCCUAGUGUCCGCAACUUGCGUUAUAUCGAGAAGAGAAGGCUUCUCAUCUGGCUCUGCUUAGGCCUUUCAUCUGUCCCACUCCACUUCGUUUAUAACUCCGUAUUCAUUGUGUCCACUACAAACCAUUUAUACCGAAUCCUGCUGGUUAACGAAUCUUUCAUCAAGGGAGAACCGUUUUACAAAGACAACUGGUCACCCUCCGAGCCUGGGCUCGUUCAGAGCCUACAGUUCAUACAAGAGGCAGUGCAGAACGAUGAAUAUGAAAAGUUGGCACCGGACGACUGUAUAAAAGCGUAUGCAAAGAGUGUAGUCUAUGACAGAGCAAACGUCGUUGUGGUACUCGACCCAACAGAAGACUGCCACGAGUUUAAAAACUUGACCAUAUUUUCUUAUGAGGGUAGUACUAUGCACUGCGAGCCUCCAAUGAACAGCUCCAUCUACGCUUCGCUCCUCUACACAGCCAGUUUCACUGACAUUACGGGCACGACUGAUUGGUUUUCUUGGAUAUGCUCCCUGCAUUCUGAUGAGGCAUAUCGGUCGAGGCAGCCGAAGUGCAGCGACGGAGCUUGGAAGAACCAGAUGAGCCCAGCUACUUGGGCAAUAGGAACCGCCCGAGUCGAGUACUGCUUGAGCCAGAAACCGAAAGACCAAUGCCAGCUGAACGUUGCUCUCAACCUCAUCUAUGUGGUUGUCUGCUUCAAUGCUGUAAAAUUUGUGGUCAUUGUUUUCUUAGCCUUGAGCAAUCUGGUGAAUCGAGAACCCCUUGUCACCAUUGGAGACGCCGUUGCCUCGUUCAUCGACUCUCAAGAACGAGCGACGAAGGGAAUGUGCUUGCUGUCCUCUGCUGAGGUCCAUGCUUCUCAAAAAUUGGAUGAAAAUCAAGAGAUACCAGCCGUCGUAUAUAAGCCGCAGAACAGCAGAUGCUCGGCGGCCGUUAGCCUUCGCCGCUGGCUGUUGGCUUCCAUACUUAUCUUUGUAGCUUUAGCUAUUCUCAUCGGGCUGCUGGGGUAUGGUGCAUAUGAUUUGACCGAGCGUUUCUCACGUGGUGAUGGACAAUCGAUGUGGGAUCUUGGCAUCGGUACCAUCAAUCCAUAUACGGUCAUUGGCUGGAACUUGCCGAGACUAGGCGAGGCGUCGGUCAUAGUUACUGUACUGGUUUCCAACUUGCCCCAAGUCCUGCUUUCUUUUCUCUAUCUCAAUCUGAAUGGCCUGAUCACAUCGAUGGCGGGUGCUAUCGAGUGGUCGAAGUAUGGCCAAGGUACUCAGCGCCCCCUCCGUGUAUCUUUCCCAAAAGGGAGCCAGCGGUCAACAUUCUUCUUACAGCUUCCGUACCGAUAUAGUAUCCCGAUGCUGUCUCUCUCGGUUUUGAUGCAUUAUAUGGUCUCUCAGAGCUUGUUUGUUGUGCAGGUGUUCGACAAGCUCACCGGGCUACCUGGAUAUGAUGCAGAUUAUCCGGGCGUUGAUAAGGCAAUUACGGUCCCUGCCUACUCCCCCAUGGCCAUUAUCUUGACAAUUAUUAUCGUGGGAGUAACAUUCUUUGGCAUAGUGGGAUUAGGUAGGGUCCGAUUGAGGGAUGGCCUACCUGUAACCAGGAACAGUAGCUUGGUUAUCUCAGCCGCAUGCCACCCAUUGGAGGGGACCUCAAGCAUGGAUGCCGUGAAAUGGGGGGUGGGACUAACUGCAGAAGACCAGGUGGGCCAUUGCUCCUUUUCCAAUCAUGAGGUUGGUUUCCCGGAGGAAGGAAAGGCAUACUCGUAA